AUGGCGGCGGACCGCGUCCUCCUGUCGCGAGACGACAGGACGACCUCCCUGGUCGAAAUCGCCAGCGCCACGGCCACGCCCGGUGCGGCGGCGACCGUCGGCUUCCGGAUCCUCGUCGUCCAGUGCUACCGCGCAGGCGUGCUGGGGGACGCUGAUGAGGACGACGACGACGUGGACACGAUGGAGGACGUGGCGUGCCGUGUCCCCGUCGACGAGCUGGUCAAGGGAGGCGAAGCCGCGGCGGCAGCGGUCGACCGCGCGUUCGAGGCGCUGGUGUCGAGGCUCGACCACCCGACGCUGAUCCCGGAGGUCGCGCCGGAGGCCAGGAAGGCGGCCACGCAGGUCCAGGCGAUGUGCGCGGAGCGGGAGAUCGGCGCUGCCCUCGCCGGCGUCGAGUUCCGCCUCCGCCUCGUGUUCUUGGACCCGCUCGAGGACGAGUCCGAGCCGGACUCGGAGGACGACGAGGAGGAAGAGGUCGGGAGCGACCUGGAGUUCGACGACGAGUGCUGGGAGCGCGGCAGGUUGGACGACGGCGACACGGGGUACGAGGACGCCCACGUCGUCCCCAGCGACGACGACGGGGCGCUCGUGCAGUCCCAGCCGGACGGCGGCGCGUGGCGGUACGAGCACGGCCACGCCGCCCUCAACGACGACGACGACGACGAAGACGGCGGCGGCCAGUUCUCGGCGCGGCCGUUCGACGGCGCCCUGGCGCGUGAGGUCGAGCCGAGCGACGGCACGCUGCUGCUGUCGGGCUUCGAGGCGCGCGCCGACGGGCCCGAGCCGGGCGAGCAGCACGAGCUGACGCCCCGCGACGUGCGGCGCCUGGUGCGCCUCGCGUUCAGCGGCGGCGACGUGGAGGGCGACGAGGCGUACCAGCGGGCGCUGGCCAGCGGCGAGCCCGUGUCGCCCGCCACGCGCGCCGCGAUGCUCGACCGGGCGCUGCGAUCCGCGGGGCGGCGGCCGCUGGCGCCGUCGCCUAGCGGGAUGCCUCCCCGGAUGCGCACCGGAUGGUAG